AUGCCAGUGACAUUCGACGUCGCUCCUCACCACGCCAGACCAAUUUUCGACCCUCACCGUCGCCUGAAAUACCCUCAAGAUCUCCUCAUUGCCCAUAUAUCCCGGAUCGGUAAAUUGGCGCCUAGCUCCAGUUCCAAUACCGAGCAACAACCCAAAGUGAUAUGCAUGCAAAGUUCAUUCAGUGACGGCUGUUUCACUCAAGACAUUCGAUGUGAAAGAAAUGGCUUCGUGCAAGCGGUCACCCAUGCCUACAACAGACAUCAUAAUCUGGUCAUAAGACCUGACGACGUUUGGGUGGCCAUCCUAUCGCAAUUUAGCCUGUAUGUGAACAAAAAUAGUGAAAACCUCCGUUCCCAAUUCGUGGACCGCAAAGGGAAAAAAAAGCUCAUUGUCCAAAUGCCUGGGACGCGACACACAUCCGAUUUCGGCAACUUAGCCACACAAAUGACUGAGUUAAUAAGCCAGAAUAUCGUCAACACCAAGUUAAAAUCAUGGAUACUCCCUGGGUUUACUACAACAACACCGCAUGACAUCGUGGUCUGUUCCGUGCUGAUGAUGGCUACCAUGAAGAGUUAUUUUGACUAUGAAAUGUCGCUGUGUGGGCUUCCAUCAGUCACCCUAGAAGGAGAAAAGUCGGAUUGGGAAAAGCUAUACGCCAAACUAGACUUAUUGGAAACAUUCGGCAAAGAACCCGAAAAUUGGGUCAAGCUACUACGGCCUGUGUUCAAAAGGUUUGUACAAGCUUUUGACGGAAAACCCGAUAUCGACUUCUGGAAUAAAGUCAGUCACCACUACUCCCUUGGAUCCGGAACGCGGUGGUUAUCAGGAUGGAUAACGGCGUUCUGCGUAUGGGAUAGCCAAGGGAACUGGCAGGCCAAGUCCGAACGAGUACCUGUUGACAAUUUUGGCAAAAAAAUGUAUCAUCCUUGCCUUGAGGUUGAUGGCAUCCGCUAUCCGUCAAUCGACAGUGUAGAUAUCCCGAUGGGAUUUUGCCAGGUCGACAUUCGGGUUAUUGAUGGUGAAGGCACAACAGAUUGUGUGAUGGUAUCUGGACAUAUGGCCAACGUUGUUGAAGGCGAUGACAAGGACACUUUGCGCCCUUUACCCUCUUGGUUCAUGUACAAAAACCCUGAAUCGAAAACAAGGAAGGUAGAGGAGAUGUCAAUAGCUGAAGAAGAAAAGAUGGAAGAUACUAUACCUGACCCAAAGGUGCAGAAAACGUUAUAUACCACCAUCUAUGUUUCGCUCGGCUGGUAG